CGGGAAUCCAAACAAUUGAACGGAAGCUGACAAGUGAUCGCGAACAGUUCCCCUUACCGUGGCAGCACCUGCAUUCGAUUUACCAAUGGCAUACUCUGCAGUCUCUGCAUAGCUAUUGUCAAACUUCCGAGAAGCACGCGUCGAACUGAUCUGGUUUCCUGAAACAUCUACUCACCUCUCUGUUGUUUUGGGAGUGUCAAUGCAUCGUGCAGAAGGAUCCUAAUUCGCAACCUAUUCACGAAUCCACUGUGAUCUACGGACAAUAGGGAAUAAUAGGCGCACAGAUCUGAUUCAGCCUAAGCAGCCAAAAGCAACCCGAAGUCAUCAUGGACCAUUUCACUACCCCUCCUCCCAUACCGUCUCGCAAUCGACAGCAUGGUCGGAGAAAGUCACUCCAAGGUCCCUUGGCCCAUUCAUCCAACCGCGUGCAUAUACAGCCAGCAUCGCCGGAAGUGAUAUCGUCUUUAAUCACAUCUCUCUCAAUCAUCUCCUCUCCCGCGAACCAGCUGUUCGAAAGUACGGGAGCGCCUCAGCCAUCACCCGUGUCCCCAACAUCUACGAACGCGACAUAUAAUACUUUCGGAAAUCUGAACGCGCAUAAUGGGCAACGUUCCUCAGGUGGCAGUUUUGGAAUAGACUACGGCGCAUACGAGCAGCCCUCACUGCGACAAUUGAUUGAAGAAGAGUCUUUGGAUGAGCUAGCUGCUCCUACACCGGUCAUCCGAACAGCUAAACCGCCGUCUGGUUUCUCCCCCCUCACUGCGCCAAAAUCACCAGCAGAUUCCAGUCCUCUCAAGACAUUUCUGAGAGGCAGUUCCAGGCCGUCAUCGAAGGGGUCGAAUGCAUCGAAAGAUCGAGACGAUGCGAGUAGUAUCGGCAACGUAUCUAUUGAACCAGGACCGACACCAAUUCCAGAGUUGCGACGGAAAUCCUCUGGGGAUAGCUGGGGCAAGAAACAAGGCCGAAAUCAAAGAGGACUGAUGUACAUGAGCUCCCGAGAGCGUCUGCGAGAGAAGGAACAGGAGAAGAAAAGAGCAAGUGUUGGGACUGUAGGAAAUAACACGAAAGGGCUUGGUUUGGAGCGAAUACCACUUCCCAAAUUUGAGUCGGACUCCUUCAUGGCAGAAGAUGCAAUCGGAGAAGAGCCCGAGGAAGUAUCGCCAACGAAGAACGGCAAAACACCAGUAACACCAACAAUGCCUGGCUCAGGUAAACCAAGCCCAGCCCUCAGUGCUGGCAGUCAAGGUGGUAUCGGCUCUGGCAGGUUCAUACCAGAACGAGACUCUUCUCUAAGAAAACCAGCUGCUUCUACAAAGAAGCGGUCGUCUCAAAGAUCUAGCCGACAGAACGGAAAGGGGAAGGGUAUCGAUGAAGGAGACGAUACCAUACAGGAGAAGGAGGAACAGUCCCAAGAGCGCAAACGUGAUCGCACUUCCAGACACCAGAAGAAUGGAUCAACAGAGGCAGCAUCCAAGAUGAUGGAGCCAUUGGACGACCUUCAGAUGCCACGCCCUACAAAACCGGUCAACGGCCAGAAGUCCGACACAACAAAAUUCGACCAGCUCAAGGUAGCAGAAGAUGUGGACGAGGGCGCACCAUCCCCGGCAGUCGCUCAACGAAAAGCGCGACCAAGCCCGGAUCGAGGUGAUCGUUCUUCAAGUCAGAAGAGGAGGUCAGGGAAAGCUACCCCUGAACCUCUGGAAUCCCAACCGAAACGAAGUGGUUCUAGGCUAAAGCGUUUGUCUGCACCCCUGAGCCCAAGAGCAUCCGACAAAGAUGCACACCAAAGGGCUAAUUCGAAUCCUCUGGCGAGGGUCGGUUCUCCGGAACCUUCCAGACCACACAUUCACGUUGACGAUCGGCCAACAAGCGCUGAUUCCAUCGAUGACGCUGUAGAAGCAUAUCUCUGUUCGCCUCGCUUAUCACAGAAGAUUCGACAUCCUCAAACGGGUAGAGUUAUCUCCUUCUCGGAGGUUGGUGAUUCGGAGGGGUUUGCAGUCUUUUGUUGUGUGGGCAUGGGAUUAACGAGAUAUAUCACCGCCUUCUACGACGAGCUUGCUUUGACUUUGAAGCUACGGUUGAUUACUCCUGAUCGCCCAGGCGUUGGAGACAGCGAGCCAUACAACGAUGGAACUGCAACCCCUCUCAGCUGGCCAGAUGAUGUCUAUGCUAUUUGCCAGACCUUGAAGAUCACCAAAUUCUCCAUCCUUGCUCACUCCGCAGGUGCUAUAUAUGCACUUGCAACUGCUCUUCGUAUGCCUCAGCAUAUCCGAGGUCGCAUCCACCUGCUUGCUCCUUGGAUUCCUCCAUCUCAGAUGAAUGUUUUCGGGGCACAAGUUGCUUCGCCUCCAACGAAUUCGAUCCCGACUUCCCAGCGAAUUCUACGAGCACUCCCGACUCCUAUUCUCAAAGCGGCAAACUCGAGCUUCAUGAGUGCUACAAGUAGCUCGAUCACGAGUAGUCUCCCAAAGUCGCAGAGACGUGGUAAGCGCAAGUCCACUGGACGUGAUACUCCUGCACCGUCAGGACGAAGCACCGUCACUCCAGGACCAGACAAAGAGAAUCAUGGCAGGAAUUCCACCAUCUAUCCAGAUCCUUCUGAACCCGGUGCCAUGGAGAGAGCAGCCAAAGAUCCAAAUGAUCCAAACCAUGAAACGGCGAUUUUAGCAGCCGCAGCAAAUACCCUGGCCGAUAAAGAACGACAAAUGACUUAUGAUACGAGACUUACGCAUGCCAUUUGGGACUUGGCCACUUCUGGUGCCAAUCCCGCUGUAGAUCUGUUGGUAUGCCUAGAAAGACGGCAUACCAUUGGAUUCAGAUAUGUUGAUAUCACGCGUGCCGUGGUAAUUCACCACGGCAGCAAGGACACGAGAGUUCCUGUUGAGAACGUUAGAUGGUUAGGAAAGACCAUGCGGAGAUGUGAAGUACGAGUAUUAGAGGGCGAAGGACACGGCCUCAUGGCUUCAGCUGCUGUAAUGGGAGGAGUGUUAAUGGAAAUCGCCCGCGAGUGGGAUGACUGGAUGAAAGUCACUGGCUCAACGGGUGGUACAAGAGGUGAGGGUGGCAGGAGAACACUGAGAGAAAGGGCUAGUGUUCAAGCUUUUAGGUGAUUUUGUUCAGCAUUGUUUGGAUGAGAAAAAAAAAGGUGUAUUAUGGGGGCUAGUUUUGAGCUUGGCGUUUGGCAGCGCUGAUUGUAGGAGCGGGUUCUUGGAGCAGAUAUGCCAUACAUACAUUGGCUGCG